AGUUAAUAAACUUAUGGUAACACGUUCUUUCCAAGAUCUAUGCUCUUUCAAUUUUGCAGGAAAGAGCAUAAGCUGCGCCCAAUGUCUUCUGAUUGGUGAAGACAGGAGGAUGAACGGAAGAGGGGGGGACGUUGGUCAGACUUGUACGAGGUCAGUAAUGACCGCAACCACUUUCAAGAUCGGCGAAAGGAGUCAGUCAGUGCAGUCAGUUGCCGAUAACCGCGCUGUCCAGUGUUUUGACGCUCUGAAGUUAGUCUUUUCGUUCUGACGCUCUGAAGCCAGUAUAACAAACUUCAAAAACUCCAAACUCCAGUGCGCAUCAUCUGAAUUAGUUCAGCGUUUCUGUGCGUGCGCACUGCGUUUUCAUCCCCUUGGUCCGAACAGCGCUGAUCCGAACAAGUGGCGAACAAAAUUAUGCUACUCCGCCAGCAUCCCUUCCAGAUUGUCUUUGGACUCCUGCAGUAAACUACAGCUGACAAGGAAGGUCCCAAGGAUCCAGCCAAAAUGGUUUCCCGCCAGUCGAGUGUAGAUGUGACCCCCAACAAAUAUUAUGCAAGAAUCUCAACACCACUCCUCAGAAACACCACCAAGAUGAAAAAGGUGGAGAACCUGCUCGCAGGUAUUCAUUUAUCUGAGGAGGUCGUUUCUCGGGUGAAAUCCGUAUUUCUGUCAGAAAUAGAGCUUGGCAUCAACGAGGAACCAUCUUCUUUACAAAUGGAAAACACAUACGUACCUGAAUUACCUGAUGGAACGGAGGAAGGGCUGUUCCUGGCGCUAGAUGUUGGGGGAACAAAUUUCCGAAUUCUCCUGUUGGAAUUGAUGGAAGGGAGACUGGUGCGAGAAGAAGUGAAGCACUACCACAUCACCGAUGAACUGCGCUUGGGACCUGGCACCGACCUAUUCGAUUUCCUGGCAACAUGCAUUGCAGACUUUGUCAAGGAAUUCAACAUUGCUGACCAAACUCUACCAAUGGGUUUCACGUUCUCAUUCCCGAUGCACCAAAGAUCGAUGGACUGUGGCUGUCUGGUGACAUGGACCAAGUCGUUCAAGUGCGCGGGCGUGCAAGGCGAGGAUGUAGUGGAGAUGCUGAGGGAAGCCAUCAGGCGGAGGGGGGACAUCAAGGUCGAAGUGGUUGCCGUUCUCAAUGACACCACAGGUACACUGAUGCAAGGUGCGCUACUGGACCACAGGACCACAGUUGGCCUGAUUCUGGGCACAGGCAGCAAUGCCUGCUAUCUGGAGCGCGCAGACAGGGUGCAUCACUGGGAGUCCAAGCGACAUGGUGAGAAAGAGAUUGUAAUCGAUGUUGAAUGGGGAGCGUUCGGUGACAAUGGAGUUUUGGAUUUCAUUAAAACAGACUUUGACAGACAAGUCGAUGACAAUUCGCUUAUAAAAAAAUCCUUCAUGUUUGAAAAGUAUAUAGGAGGCAAAUACUUGGGAGAGAUCGUUCGAGUGAUCCUAGUCAAACUUAUUGAGGAGGAGCUGCUCUUCGACGGAGAUGUGCCCCCCAAACUCACGCACAUCAAUUCAUUCCGAACGAGCUACGUAUCUCUCAUCGACCAGGAUUGUGUAGAUGAGGGAACCAUGCACACAGAGACCAUUCUUUCUGAGGAUUUCGACGUGGAGUUGACUACACCUGAUGAUCUUGCAGUUGUUAAAUAUGUGUGCGAAAUCGUCUCUCUCAGGGCAGCUCUUCUUGUCUCAACAGGUUUAGCAGCUAUUCUGCAGCACAUGGACCGGCCAGACUCAACCAUCGCUGUGGAUGGGUCUUUGUACAAGUACCACCCCAGGUUUCAGAAGUGGAUGGAUCACUUUAUAAGGCUCCUUGCUCCACAAUAUGCAUUCCGAUUGAUGCUGGCUGAAGACGGCAGUGGCAAGGGUGCAGGUCUGACGGCCGCCAUUGCAAUGAAGCUCAGAGCCAGAGAAGAGGCAGCUUGAGGUGGCAUUUCCUUUUCAAAAAUAAAGUCAAAAUUGGAGAGAAUAGUAGAAUAAGACUCAUUGAUGAGAAGCAUCCGUGAUGUUGAACAUUUUGUUGAUUUAAAAAUAUAUAUAUAUGAUGUAAUGUUGUCUUUUAUGUUUUUAUUUGAGUCGAAUUAAAUAGUUUUUACGGAAAUUCAA